ACGCAGAGGUUCUCUUGGCUUCCGUGUUUAUGCUCAGUUGGCCAGUUGCAGUUGUUGGCGGUACUAUAUUCUAGGCGUGUGGCAUCAGUCUCCUACUCUCCCAUACAUUAUUUUUUUUUCUAGCAAGAAUGGCGGAAAGGGGACCCGGUGGGGACGUGCCUGAGGAGGAUAGUGGAAAUAUAGGAGCCGGUGACAAAGGCGGCAGAAAUAGUACAAGUCAAGGCGACGGGUCAGCCACAUCAUCAGAACAGAUCUUGCAGACUGGAAGUCUACUUUUACGUGGGUUUAUUGCUGAUCGGGUGCAACGUUCUCCCAAUAUGGCUAGUGCAGACGUGCCAGAGUUGGGGAAUACAGAAGAAUUGCAAUGUGGUGACUCUUCUACCAAGAGGCUGAGCGAGUGUUUGCGAAAAAUAGGAGAUGAGCUGGAUGGGAAUAUGGAGCUGCAAAGGAUGAUUGAACAGGUGCAAAACAACCCUCCGAAAGAGGUGUUUUUUCGUGUGGCUACGCAGAUGUUUGCUGAUGGAAAUUUUAACUGGGGACGUGUGGUGGCUCUCUUUUACUUUGCCUGUAAACUUGUCCUUAAGGCACUGUGCACGCAUGUUCCUCACAUGAUCCGUACCAUUAUUAACUGGACCAUGGAAUAUCUUAGAGAACAUGUUUUACAGUGGAUAAGGGAUCAAGGAGGCUGGGAAGGUCUCCUGUCUUACUUCGGAACCCCCACUUGGCAAACUGUUAGUGUUUUUUUGGCUGGUGUUCUUACAGCCUCCUUUGCCAUCUACAGAAUGUCCUAAUAAGUCAUUCAUAGUUCUACAUCCAGUUAUUUUUAGUGAUAUACUUCCAAAAGCACAGAGCCCUGAUUCUCCUAUGACACUGUCAAGAUUAAAGAAUUCAUGUAUACAGUUUUCAGUGACGGAAAACCUACAUGAUUGUGGUUCUGCAGUGGUUUUGAGACUACGACCUGCAAUCAAACUUCAGUAGGGGGAUGUGUGUUUGUUUUUUUUUAUUUGUGUUUUCCUUUUCUUUUUUUUUUUUUUUAAACCAAUAUUAACUUGUGCCUUUUUUUUGUUUUUAAAGAAAGGAUAAAAUGGUUUUAAAAGCCUUCUCGAUUUAAUACUUGAACUUGUUUUACCCAUUUCCCUAAACUAAGAAAAGAAUAAGAUCAUGUGAAUCUGGGAAUGGCGAAGAUUGAAAUAUGAAAAUGUGCAUUAGUACUAAAGCUGUGCAAAGAUUUAUGGGCUGUAAUAGAUAGUAUUGAGUGCCAUUUUUCACAGUUUUGCACCUUGAGCUCUUUAUUCCGUUAUUUAAAUAAAAAAAAAAAAUCAUUUGUGUCUCAGGGUGUUAAAGCAGCAUUGUAUCUUUGUUGUCUUUAUAUUGUUAAUUAUGUGUAAAACCUAGUUGUUUAGACCAGUUCUGUGCAAUUCAUUUAAAUUAAGUGCAUUAACAAACUGAAAAUAUUCUGUACAAUUUUGGAAGCCUUUAUACUCCGCAAAUGGUUUAAAAAAAAAAAAAAAAAAAAAAAAAUUGGUUUAGUAAAAUAUACAUUUAUGUGAUAUAGAUUCCCAACUAUUUUAAACGUUGAGUAUCUAUUGACAUCUUAAUGUUGCUUUAAUUGGGGGAAUCUUACAAAUAUUAACCCAGUGUUCUCCACAGGAUCUAUUUAAUGGGCACACCACCCAUCUGAAUGUCUUUACCACCCAACUAAAGUUGAAGACAAUAUUAAGAAUACAAUUAGCAAAUAUUAUUUUCAGCAACACAAAUUAUCAUUAAAUCAAUUUAUUAUGCAAUUUGUUUUAGAUAGCUUAUAUUAACCUUUAUAUAAGAACAUUUUAUAAUAUUGCAAAUUAUUAAUUUUCCCCCAUUGGCUUCUUCAUAAUGCCUGACAAAAUUUUCUGUGGAAACGCUGUUUUAUGAAUGGACUUUUGGAUGUGUGAAAAAUAGACAAGGUUUUUUUUUUUUUUUUUUUUUUCCCCAGUUGAAUAAAUAGCUUAAUUUCUUUUGAAACCGUAGUUACACCUGCAUGUAUUUACCAACUGUUUUAAUUAUAUGUCAACAUUUUGUUAAAAUUACAGAGCUUUUUGUCACUAGCAUGAUCAAAUUUAAAUUAAGAUUUUUUUUAUUGUACACUCCUGUAAAUACACUCUGAACUGCUUACUGCCAGAACCAUUAUAUUUAUUUAUAAUACAACGUAUAAACGUGGACAUCUGGAGCAAGCGCACUAUAUCAGACUAAUGCCUUACUAUAAAUUUUUUACUUUGAAAGUACUAUCCUUUUUAAUAUCUUACGUAUGGUUAAAGGUUGAAAACCUACAAAUGAAAGAUUGCAAAUAAAAAUGUAAAAUGUAGAUACUGGAUAGAUGUUAGUAAAAAGAUCUGUAGUUUUGGUUCUAAUAUAUUAAAACCACUGCUAAGUGUUAUAUUUUAAAUUCUUAGACUCUCAUUAGCUAACCGAUAAAUGUUAGUAAACGUAGACCUGUGGUUUGGGUAUAUUGUAUUAAAACCACUGCUAAAUGUUAUAUUUUAAAUUCUUAAAUUUUAGUUUUCUUUCCAAUGGCAUGGGGAGUCCACAAAUCCAUUCCAAUUACUAGUGGGAAUUCAACUUCUGGCCAGCAGGAGGAGGCAAAGAUCACCCCAGCAGUGCUGUGAAGCAUCACUCUCACUUCCUAUAAGCCCCCAGUCAUUGUUUGCCUUAUACAUCGGGAGGAUGUGCGAAGAUGGUGUCUGAAGGUAUUUAAUCCUUUAAUGGGUACUUUUCCCUGCAAGCAAGGAUUGGGGCUAUGCCGUGUCCAUAUAAUCCUCUUUAGAAAGAGUAAUGGUGGCUUUUAGCAGUUAUAAGAUGGUGAGGUAAUUUUUGCUUACCUUAUAACACUUAUGCUACCCCUCUAUAGAAAACCAGGGUUGGUUACUCUGUUUUUCUUUUUCUACAGGUCCCUGUAAGGUGCCGGCUAAGUUUGUCAUACCUGUGUUGCUGUACCUGCCCUGCAGUGGAUCCACAAAGUAAGUGCUUUUGCCUUCUAGGUGAGAACGAUACAGCACUUAUGGUGUUAAUAUAUGUUGACAGGGACUCUGUUUACUUUUCUCUUAAUAAUUUAGGAUAUACACUGAGGGGCAAUAGUGGCUCGGCACUGCUUCAGGGGAUUUAUUAUAUAAACUAAUAUAUAUAGUUUUAAUAGAGGCUCUUGAUAGUUUACUGGCUCUUGAGAGGUUAAUUUGUAUGUUGAACUGUACCUGAGACCGGGUUGGAACUUCACCGGUCUCAGGAUUUUUAGGGAUACAUUUUUAUUAAACUCUGAUGCUUUGUGUAUACCCGUUUUGGGCCUCCCAAGUGUCAACAAAUUUCCCAAGGUUCCGUCCUUCAAAAUGGAGACUAUACAUUCCAUUCUACCCUUGAUUCAGGAAUGUCAGUUUGACUACCAUAGACCUGAAGGCCGUGUAUCUCCAUGUUCCUAUUCACAGGGACCAUCACCAAUACUUACUGUUUUCCUUUCUAGACAAACACUUCUAAUUUGGAGGUGGUCAGAUCUCAGGGGAUAGCGGUGGCACCAUACCUCGACAAUAUCUUGGUUCAGGCGCCAUCUUUUCAUUUAGCAAAAUCCUAUACAGACGAGACUUGUCUAUUCUUCGUUCCCACAGGUGGAAAGUAAAUCUGGAAAAGAGUUCCCUGGUACCAGACACCAGGGUAUGCUUUUUGGGAAUUAUCAUAGACUCUCAGUCCAUGUAAAUUUUUCUGCCGGAUGUCAGAAAAUUCAAGCUUCUUGUCUUUCACUUCAGUCCUCUAUCUGUCCAUAAGUGGCUCAAUGUAUGAUAUUAAUUGGUCUAAUGGUUGCUUCCAUGGACAUUAUUCCUUUUUGCUCAUUUCCAUCUGAGACCAAUACAGUUAUGCAUGCUCGGGCAAUGGAACGGAGACCACUCGGAUCUCUCUGAGAAUAGUUCGAGACUCUAUCUUGGUGGAUUUCUCAGGACCAUCUGUUUAAGGGUACAUGCUUCCUCAGACCAUCCUUGGUGAUUGUGACCACAGAUGCCAGCCUGUCGGGCUGGGUAGCAGUUUGGGGUUCUUUAAAGGCUAUGGGUCUUUGGACUCAGGAGUCUUCUCUCCCAAUAAACAUCCUAGAGUUGAGAGCAAUCUUCAAUGCUCUAACAGCUUGGCCUCAACUAAGUUCGAUCUGGUGUAUCAGAUUCCAAUAGGACAACCUCGGUGGCGUAUAUCAACCAUCAGGGAGGAUCUCUGAGUUUCUUAACUAUGAAGGAGGUGACUCACAUUCUCCAGUGGGCGGUGUCUCACAAUUGUCUUCUCUGCCAUCCACAUCUCAGGGGUGGACAACUGGGAAGUGGAUUUUCUGAGCAGACCUUUCAUCCCAGGGAGUGGGCUCUACAUCUGGAAGUAUUCACAAUGAUAACCCUCAGGUGGGGGGUUCCAGAGUUGAAUCUGAUGGCGUCUUGUCUAAAAGGCAAGCUUCCAAGGUAGAGGUCGAGAUCCACAAGCAUCUCUGAUCGACACUCUGGCAGUUCCCUGGUACUUCAAUCUGGUGUACCUGUUUCCUCUGUUUGCCCGUAUUCCUCUGGUGAAAGCUCAUAUCAAGCAGGAGGGAGCGUCUGUGAUUCUAAUCGCCCCAUCCUAGCCUCGAAGAAUCUGAUUUGCGGAUCUGGUGAAGAUGUUGUCCCUUCCCCCUUGGAAGUUGCCUUUGAGGAAGGACCUUCUACUUCAGGGUCCGUUCCUCCACUCAAAUCUAGAUUCUUGGAUCCUGACUGCUUGGAGAUUGAACGCCUAGUCUUGGCUAUGCAUGGGUUUUCUGAAGUCAUUGAUACCAUGCUUCAGGCUCGUAAACCUGUUGCUCGCAAAAUUUACCAUAAGGUAUGGCGCAAAUACCUUUUUAUUGGUGUGAAUUGAAGGGGUUUUUCUUGGAGUCUGGUGAGGAUCCCCCCCACACACACACACAUUUUGUCUUUUCUUCAGGAUAGCCUGGAGAAAGGUUUGUCAGUCAUUACUCCUAUAGGGUCAGAUUUCUGCACUGUUUUUACACAAACAUCUGGCAGAUGUGCUAGAUGUUCAAUCUUUUUUGUUCAGGCCUGUGUUUAAACCUGUUGCUCCUCCAUUGAGUCUUAUCCUAGUUUUGCAGCAUGCUCCGUUUGAGCCUAUGCAUUCGGUUGAUAUUGAGUGGUUAUCUUUGAAAGUUUUAUUUAUCCUCGCUAUUUCUUCUGCUAGCAGAGUUUCUGAGCUUUCGGCUCUGCAAUAUGAUUUCCCCUUACCUUUUUAUUUUUCAUGCGGAUAAGGAGGUCCUUCGUACUAAGUUGGGAUUUCUUCCUAAGGUACUGUUGGAUCGCCACAUCAAUAAGGAAAUUGUUGUUCCUUCCUUUUGUCCUAAUCCUUCUUGUCAGAAGGAACGCCUGUUGCAUAACCUGGAUAUUCUGCGUGCUCUAAAAUUUUAUCUCCAAGCAACUAAUGAUUUUUGGCAAUCUACUGCCCUGUUUGUUUUCUCUGGUAAGCUUAAUGGGACAGUCAAAAUAAACUUGAUUUAAUCAUUUGCUUGCCAACGAGCCGUUUUGAAAAAAAAAAAUGGAACCCAAACUCCUCCUCCCAUUGUCUUCUUCCCCGGAGCUUGUUUGAAAUAUUCUCGUGCCCGCCAAACUUGAUGACGAGCCUUUAGCUAAACGCAUGCGCAAAGAACUGGCGGUCCGUCACUGAAAUAGGAACCUUCUUACAGUUCCUUGAAUAAAGAGGCCGCUAGCAACGAUACAAAAUAACUGCGCAUGCGCAAUUGGGUGUGAACGUCGUGGCCGACACUUAUGUGAUUUGCUGUUACAAUCAUCUUCAAAAUGACUUAAACUUAGGGGGAGUUUGGCUUCAAUUUUUUUUACAUUAACGGCAGUUGGUUUUUUAAAAAAAAAUUUGCGAUUCACUGUGGACUGCAGAAUAGGAAGAAGGAUGUGUGGCAAGUAAAUGAUUAAAUCAAGUUUAUUUUGGGUGUUGACUGCCCCUUUAAGGGUCAGAAGGCCACUUCGACUUUUUUUUUUUUUUUUUUUACGGCUCCACUAGGGCAGUCUCUUCUUCCUGGGCCUUCAAAAAUGAAGCUUCUGUGGAAUAUAUCUGCCAGGCAGGCACUUGGUCCUCCAUUGCAUACCUUUUUCAAAAUUCUACAAAUUUGAUACUUUUGCCUCGGCUGAGGCUUCCUUUGGGAGGAAAGUUCUUCAAGUGGUGGUGCCUUCUGUUUAAAGGGACAGUAUACUGAAAAAUGGUUUUUCGCUUAAUGUGUUUACAAUUGCUUUUUUUUUUACCAACUGCAGAGAAAAAAUGUAUGAAAAAUAGCUUUUUGUUUUUUUUGUGUAUAUUAAAGCUCUGAUUUUAUGUUUUGAAGCCACAACCUAAUAAAUUGGGUUGAGCUUGUAGGUAUAAUCAGAUCUCAUUACUGUAUCACAUUGUGUACAUAUACCUGCUUCUUUAUCUUAUAUCUUUCCAUAAAACAAAUACCAGUACUUGGAGAGAACAAUGGAAAAUUAACAUUGUAUUACCUUAUCUCUGCUAUAUCCCACUUGGAGUGUAGUUUCUUCUGCUGACUGUGUUUACAAAGCUUAUCUAUAGCUGGGACCUGCGGCCACAAACUUUUAGAAUAGGUGGGGAUACCACAUGCUAAAUCAACUAUUUCAAAUGCCAAUAUAAGGGUAAAGGAGCUACUUGUAAACAAUUUAAUACACUUCAGCAGGUAAAGUGGAUCAUUGGGAACAAAUUAAAGGGGAGAAAUUUUUUGAGUAAACUGUCCCUUUAAGUCCGCCUGUCUUGUUCUCCCGCCCUUCCAUUCUGUGUCCUCUAGCUUGGGUAUUUCCAUGCCAUUGGAAAGAAAACAAAAUGUAUGCUUACCUGAUAAAUGUCUUCAUUUCCUGGCAUGGAAAUUCCAUGACCAGCCCUUAAAGGGACACUGAACCCCAAUUUUUUUUCUUUCGUGAUUCAGAUAGAGCAUGCAACUUUCUAAUUUACUCCUAAUAAUUUUUAUUCGUUCUCUUGCUAUCUUUAUUGGAAAAAGAAGGCAUCUAAGCUUUUUAUUCAGAACUCUGGAUAGCGUUUUUUUUUAUUAGUGGAUGAAUGUAUCCACCAAUCAGCACGGACAACAGAGGUUGUUCACAAAAAAUGGGCCGACAUCUAAACUUGCAUUUCAAAUAAAGAUACCAUGUGAAUGAAGAAAAUUUGAUAAUAGAAGUAAAUUAGAAAGUUGCUUAAAAUUUCAUGCUCUGACUCUCAAAAGAAAAAAUUUAAGUUUAGUGUUCCUUUUUAAUUUGUUUGUUUUUCUUUUUUUUUUUUUUUUUUUUUGUAACCUUCUAGGUCAACAUUUUUAAACUUAGUGCCCAUAUGUAUUAAAUUAUUUGAUUCAUUCAAAUCAGUGAUUAUUUGCAACAUUAGAAGUUUCCUAAUUUCCUCUUUAAACUUUUAAGUCUUUAAAAAAAUAUUUUAAAGCCCAAUUCUUCUCACAUCCAUUACCAGGCCCAGAUAAAAGCACACAGAUGAGUUAUCUGUAGUAGAGAGUGAAGCACUAAAGAACAUAUGUAAUCCUGUUGCCUUGUUAGGAAUAUGAGAACUACUUUUUUUCUAUAAUUUAAUAAAUGUAUUACUUCAGUUCCUACUUGAGUUAUACGCUUAACGGGACAGUCUGCUUUUUUCUUUUUUAUAUAAAAUAAAGAUAGAUAACACCUUUUUACUACCCAUUCUCUAGCUUUGUGCAUAACCAACAUUGUUAUAUUAAUAUACUUUAUAAGCUCUGCCUGUUUUUAAGCCCUUGCAGACCACCUCGGUGCUAGUUCAUGUGUACUAUAUAGAUAACGUGCUUACUCCCAUGGAGCUAUGCAUGAGCCAGCACUAAUUGGCUAAAUUGCAACUUUGUUAAAAGCACUGAAAUAAGGGGCAAUUUGUAGAGGCUUAUAUACCUCAAUCAUUGAGAUACAAAGUAUAUUAAUAGAACAGCGUUUAUUAUGCAAAACUGGGGAAUGGGUAAUAAAAGGAUUAUUUCUUUUUUAAGAAUAAAAAUGUUCAAGUAGACUGUCUCUUUAAACUUAACGACAAAUAAUUUUAUAUGAUACAAGUAUACUUUGGUAUUAUCGUGUUAUGUAAAUAAUAUAUAUUUUUUUAGCUCCCCACACAUUUACUUUUAUACUCCGUUCUUUUGUAUACAUACAUUUUUUUUAAAGCAGUGGCAUAGUUAUACUUUAGUGCAAUAGGACAUUUUUUCAGUGCUGCUUUAACGUAUCAUCACUUGACCACAGAUGAGAUUACCUAAAAUUAAACUUCAUGAUCAUAUCAUUAAAAGGAUAUAAAAGUCAACAAAACAUUCAUGGUUUUAGACACGACAGGCCAUUUUAAGACACAAUUCCAUUUACUAGAGAAGACUUUAAUUAUGUGUUUAAAGGGACAUAAACACUAAAUACAAUUAUAUAAGCAUAGUAUUUAUCUUAUUUCCCUCCUCGUCACUGGUGCUGCUAUGUUGAAAUCUAGUUUUCAUUGCAUUACAGGGCUGAUGUGUUUGCACAUGUGCAGCAACUCUCCUUCAGAUACCUGCAGUGUAACCUAGAUUCUAAAAUUCGGUACCCAUAAUUAGGGGGAGGUGCAUGAAAUGCAUUUAGUGUUUAAAGGGCCAUAAUAGUCGAAAAAUAACAUGCAAUAAUUUGUUAGAGCAUGGGAUAUUAAGGCUAUUGACCCUACACAACUUUGUGUUAAACACACAGAAGUGCUGCUUAAGACCCACAGAGAACUGCUGGUCCCAAGUGGAACCCUCCGCUUAUCCAAUCUAUUAUGAUCCUUUAAUGUCCCAUUAACUUCUCUGCUUGGGGAUUAGUUAUAUGCAAGACAACGCAAGAAUAAAAUUAGAGCAUUUUCUCUUUGCAUUUUUAAGUCUCAAUACUACUAAGUCUAGUAGUGAAAGACUGACCAAUUCAGUAUGAAGACUGCAUCCCAGAUAUGUGAGCUUGUUUUUUUUAUUAUUAUUUGAUAAUGUUAGAGAUUAUUCUUUAAAAUGAUUUGUUUUCACUUUAAAACAUAUAUUUACUUGGGUGUUUAAGUAGUUGAUGGGGAUAACUGUGCAUUCACAAACUUACUGGGCAUAUACUUGAUACCGUUAUACCUCAGCUUUAAACUGUUCAGUGAUUUUCUUUGAAGUUGGCAGUGAAGAGAUUUCAGUGCCUUUUUUUUCCUCCUUUAAUAUGCUCCACUUUAAUCUUUUUAGGAUUGUGAUUAAAGUCAAAUUACAAACUUCUUUGUAAACUACUUUUACACUCAAAAUGUUGUUGUAGACAAUCGUUUUACCUUAACUUAUACUGUAUACUUACAAUGCUUGUCUCUUUAAAUGUACUUUUGUGCAAUCCUUGUCUUUCUCGCCUAUCAAUUCUGCAUGGGUAGAAAAUAAUAAUAAAAAGUGAGCAAUAACAGUACAGUUCUAAUAUAAAAGAACUAUUUCUCCGUAGUUGCUUAGGGUCAAAAAGGGAACUUUAGUCAUUGCCAAUUACUUUGCUUCUUGCCUAUAGCUGAAAGUCUGUGCCGUUUUUACGGUUUCCUAUACAAGACUAAUUCAUGAUUACUAUUACCUCUGUCUCCAUGGAGAUAUACAUGCUGGUUUUUAAACUGGUGCUUCCUUACUCCACGUUUGCAUCAAAAAGGCAAUGUGGGAGAUUGGGACUAUGCAAAAAACCAACAAACUGAGUAGCCGUUUUUAGAUAAUAAAAAAAAUAAUUGUCUUUUUUAAGGAGUAUCCUUAUCCCCUUUUUAAGAAAAUGUUUUUUUUCUUUGUAUAUUUUCUUUCUGAUAUAAAUAAAUUGUCUUGAGUAUCA